AUGGGGUACGAGAUGGGAUCGCGGCUCGGCAACAUCGAGCGGAUGACGGCCAGACCUUGGGUCACAGCUCCCCCGCGGGGGCCACUGCUGUGGGUGCUCCUGUUUCUGGCGCUAAUGGCUUAUGGUCUGAGGCAGGAGAAGCAGCAGCAGCAGCAGCAGCAAGCAAGCAGCAGGCGCACUGAAACAGGUGCCCGAUACGAGGCGCGGCACAGAGCUCAGACCCAGGGGAGGCAGCGGCAGGGCGGCAGCGGUGCGGUCGUCGUUGACCCGCGAGCGACGCCCGCUCCAAGGCAGCACCCAAUUCAUGGCAGGCAUGCGGGCCAAUGGUGUGGAGAUUUAGCCGCGAGUGAUGAUGCCAUCGACUGGCAAUACCGAGCCUGGCGUGACCCAGUGUGUCUGAUGAGGGAGGCCUUGGAGAUUGGAAUUGGGAGCGCGAUGGAAGGAAUUGAACGCCCUCGAUCUGGGAGAAACAAUGGCAAACGAUCCGGGGCAGUUGCUCGCGCUAGCGCCCAAAGAGGGCAAGCGUGGCUUGGCCUGGGCCGACGCCCGGAGCCUCACGCUCAGCAGAACAGGAAAGCGCGGGGGUGGGUUCGCUGGGCAGGAAGCACCCACCCGCCACCCGAGCCGUCCGAAGGCGACAUGCCCGCGCAAACACCUCCUAAUCACAACAAACAAAAGGUCGCAGCAAUGUUACGCUCCGAAGGCCCCGCUGGUAGGGCUAUGCCGGAUAGCACCUCGACGGUGCAGCACAGCCUGGGGGAAUUUUGCCCAGCGUGGGUUCCACCCAACCACUUGGAUUCUCCGCAGCUGAGGAUUGAGCAGUUUCCGUCGUAG